UUUUCCUACAAUCGUAAUGUUGACUUCUUAAGUGAUACAUAUACAAAUAAAGUAAACGAAAAUUUAAAAAAAAAAAUUUACAAUGCAUUCAAUGUCGUUUCAUUUUGGCGUGACUGAGACAAUUUUAUUUGAAAAAUGGCAAACGACAAACUGGCAGGAAAUUUUAGGUUCCUCAAUUGGUGUCAUUCUUCUGGGCACAGUUUAUGAAGCACUGAAAAGUUAUCGUGACUAUCUUUAUAAAAUGACUUCAAACAAUUGUCAACAUAAAGUUUCAUCUAAAAAGGAAAGCUUAUUAUCCAUUGUUCACGCUGUUCAAACAAUAUUACACGCAAUUCAAGCAAUUUUAGGUUACUUUUUGAUGUUCAUUUUUAUGACGUACAAUGUUUAUUUAUGCAUAGCUGUCAUUAUUGGAAUGAGUGUUGGCUAUUUUAUUUUUGCUUGGCAAAAAACAGGAAAUAAUAAUAACGAAUGUUGUGCAUAAUAUUAGACUAUUUAAUUUUGUAAAAAAUUUAAUUAAUGUAAUUAUAAUUUAUUAAUAUAUUUUUAACAAAAUGUGAA